AUGGAGAGAGAUCCAGAAUCGGAAUUGUUGGCGGAGGACAGUGGCCCCGAAGACGUGCUCAACUUGUUCGGAAGUGAACUCGUUAUCGACACCCAGGGUUUCGCAAUUUGCUUCGUGUUCGCCAGAGGCAAAGCUGCUGGAGGCACCAUCGAUGAAGAUGAGACGGUUGCCGCGCCGGUUGAGAAAGCGAAAGACAUCUUUGUCCGGAAGAUGAAUGCGGACAGCUGGCAAACACUGGAAGAUGGCUUUGAUGUCUUGCAGAGCGGUGAAAGUGUCACGCAGCUGGUCUACCAGGACCUCGUCAGGAGCAAGUUCGUGGAGCUUUGCCAGAGGACCUCCUUCAAGGUCGACACGUUCGAGAGCAUUGAUGGUGAUGAGGUGUUCAUGCGGGUUGGGCUAGACCGUGGUGGCGUGAUGAUCCAGGAGCUUGCAGAGCGGUACCGCUACCGCAUGCCCUUCACUGAGGAGGCAUACGAAGAUAUGGACGCCUGGGGCAACUGGCCCGGAAAGGAACCAAUGCAGAACAAGUAUGGUCAGACAGUUUGCGGCUUUGCUUCGUACAAGGUGGAGAUGGCUCGAUUCUUCCAGCCAUUUCGACAGGUGGAUGAAAUACGUCUCAUCUUGCUUCGUCUUGACCGGUGGAUCGAUCUUGCAGCAAUGCUGGAGCAGAAGGUGAUGGUCAAAUACUUCCCUUGUUCUGAAGCCCUGCUUCUGUCACACUUGAUGUCGCGAUGGGCACGCACCUCGCGAAUGCUUUGCCCGCCGACUUUGUCUGGAAGCCAGCAAGUUCGAGAUUACUUUGGGGAGGUUGCUUUCUUCUUCCUGUUCUUCAGCCAUUACAUCAGAUCCGUUAUGGUCUUGGCAGCUUGCCUGUCCUACCCGACCCUUGUAGGCCUCAGCAUGCCAGCGGACAACGCAACGCAAGAGAUCUCCAUCGUGACUUAUUCAUCGUUCUCCGAGGUGCCACUCUCUGCUGCCUUCCUCGAAGAUACGAGGAACCAGCGCUGGGUCCAAAAGGUGUUUUCUUUGACGGUCCUGUUCUGGACGGUCUUGUUUGGCCGUACAUGGGAGAACAUCAGCGAACGCUACAAGCAAUUAUGGGGAAUGAAGGACUAUGAGGAGCAUGACAUUGAGCUUUCAUCGUAUCGCCCGGAAUUGGAGGGAACGAAGGAGCUGAGUUUCCGUUACAUGUGGGGCAACAUGAUCGUCAUCGCCUAUCUGCUGUUCUACAUUGGUCUCGUAUUCACCCUGGAAUGGGGCAUGAAAGGUGACAAUUCUGCCUCUUCUUCGUCCUGGCAAGCGCUGGCCCUGACAAUCCUGAUCCGAGGGCUGUCCUUUGGAUGGGCAAAAAUAGUCCCGCUGAUAGCAAGGCUACAAAACCACAGGACGCGAGCAGCCCGUAACUCCUCUUUGGCUUUCAGCCUGUGCACGGUGAAGGUGUUCAUUGCCGUGUUUCCAUUCUUUCGGCUGGCUUUCAUCGCGAAUCUUAGUGAACCCUUAUGCAAACAGAGUGCCGACGAAGUGCUAGCAAGCAUCUGGCCUGCCCACAAGCAUGACAUCCAGAAACUGAAGAUGCAGUUGGGAGACAAGCUGUGGUCGCCGUACCCAUACUUGUACAACAUCACCCAGGACGGUCGGACACAAGUCUGCAUCGAAGGUUGCAGGCCCAGGAGUCCAGCGAUAUUUCUGAAAGGUCAAGUACAUGAUGAAACAAGCUGCACCUUCGAGCUGCGGGAGACGUUGUUCCAAUUCUACAUACUGCAGGGGCUCCUAACUGUCGUGUUCCUCCUGAUUCCUGUGAUUCUCGUCAAAUGUGCUGAAAUGCAAGAGUCUCGCCGGGCAGCAGAGAAGUACGACGAAUCCACUGUGGAAUACACGUUGCUACAGUAUCAGGCAAAAUGCUGUGACCUCGCACCUUAUCAGUUUGAUUCCUGGGGAGGUUCGAUUGUGGAGGAUUUCCUGGAGGUGGUCAUCAACUUUGCGUUGCUUUCUAUGUUCAGCGUCUUGGUGCCUAUGAUUGCCAUCCUGGCAGUUCCGGUUAACAUUAUGGUCUUCAGGCUAAUGGCUUUUCGCAUGACCCGCAUCACGUGUCGUCCUGAACCACAUGGAGCCGAAGGCAGGCGAUUGGGAAGUUUCCAGAUUUGA